AUGCUCCAAGCACUCUACCUGUUGUCCUUUGCGGUCUUGUCAAGCGCCCUUGGGUAUCUGGAUUAUGGAAAGCUAUUCAGUACGAGCUUUGGAUAUCCUGGUGUCAAUGCCAGCUAUGAUUAUGUCAUAGUAGGGGGUGGUACAGCGGGUCUGACAUUGGCGACAACGCUGGCUCUGAAUGGCACUUAUUCAGUCGCUGUCGUGGAAGCUGGUAGCUUCUACGAACUCGACAAUGGCAACUACAGUCAGUAUCCGUCAGGUGUCAUUCGCUCUACAGACCCAGGCCCCAAUCUCAACGCCGUGAAUGGCCUCAUCGAUUGGAGGUUCUUGACAACGCCUCAAGUGGGAUUGCUCAACCGUACGGUUCAUUAUGCACGGGGGAAAUGUCUUGGAGGCUCCAGCGCCCGCAAUUACCUGCUAUAUCAAAGAGCAACUGUCGGUUGCUUCGAUAAGUGGGCCAAAGAACUAGGGGAUCCUUCGUACGAAUGGCAAAGUGUAUUGCCUUACUACCAGAAAUCGGCUCAUUACACGCCAGCCAACACCACUACCCGAGCUGCAAACUCUUCGCGUGGCACUGUGGACGAGACAGCAGUGUUUGGGAAAAAUGACGGACCUGUUCAAGUCACUCUGCCGAAAUAUGCUGCUUCAUGGUCAUCCUACUUCCCUUCUGGAUUUUCUGAACUUGGUUUGCCAGGGUUGGAAGGAACCAACAGUGGAGUCCUGAAUGGAUGGACCUACAUGACCAUGUCUGAAGAUGCAACAUAUCAGACACGAAGCUCUUCAGAAACCUCCUACCUCAAAUUGGCGUUGGAGCAAACUUCCCUUACUGUCUACAGUCAUGCUUUGGUGAACCGGAUUAUGUUUGAUGAUACCAAGACCGCAAGAGGCGUGUCGGUUGACAUCGCAGGCAUGAAGUUCAUGCUGAACGCAACCAAGGAGGUCAUCGUAUCGGCCGGUGCCUUUCAAUCGCCACAGCUUCUGAUGGUUUCUGUUAUUGGACCGGCAUCAACUCUAAGAGAUCAUAAUAUCCCUGUCAUUUCGAAUCUGUCUGGUGUUGGACAAAACAUGUGGGAUAACCCACGUCUCACUCUUUCUUUGGAAGUCAACCUGGAGACCGGCACGACAUUGACUAAUCAGCCCAAACGAGCUCGUGAAGAAACUGAAAAAUACAUCGUCAAUCGCACAGGGAUGCUAACCUCAACUGGUGCCGAUUUUGCUGGAUUCGUAAAGCUGUCCAACGAUUCUUACUCGAAUCUUUCUACAGAGACAAAGUCUUCUCUGGCAGAGACGUUCCCAUCAGAUUGGCCAGAGGCAGAGUUCUUUGCGUCCUCGAAUGGUGUUGCGGGCUUGGCUCACGAUGGCGCAGGCAUCUUCAUUGGACUUCUCGCCACAUUCAGUCGUGGCAGCGUGGCUAUCAGAUCGUCAGACAUGGCCGACGCACCUGUGAUCAAUCCUGCAUGGCUGACUGACAAACGCGAUCAAGACCUCGCAGUUGCUGCAUUCAAAUACGCUCGUCGUCUUGCCAACACCACAUCCUUGCGUAGGGUCAUUGUUGGCGAAGAAGUUGCGCCAGGGCCUGCCGUCCAAUCUGAUGCACAGAUCCUUGAGUACAUGAAGAACACCACGGUCACUUAUUACCAUGCAUCCUCAACUUGCAAGAUGGGAAUGCAGAAUGACAGUACAGCCGUGGUAGACAAAGACGGAAAGGUCUUCGGCGUCAAGAAUCUGAGAGUUGUGGAUGUUAGUGCCUUGCCCCUGCUGCCACCUGGACAGCCGCAGGGUACUGUAUACAUGUUGGCGGAAAAGAUUACUGAUAGAAUACUAGAGGAGGCUUGA